AUGGAGCGAUUCCUAAGGACUGUGAUCCGCGGCGAUCGCGGUGCGCCACCUUUCACCUUGAGCCCAGAGACUGCUACAGUAGCGGAGACUCGGACGAAGAACUUGGGAGCGAAUAGCUCUUUAAACGCUCCUUGGCCAAAGGAGUUGGGUGGCGAGACCGGUGGCACCACCGUCACGGUGACGUUCCGCCCUCGUCGGCCCAACAGCCUCUUCCGAGAGAAGGUGCUGGUCCCGCCUCCCGAGGGAUUCGGCCGUUGGAGCGCGGUUCAUGUGGAGCGCGGGUGGAGCGCGGGUGGAGCGCGGGUGGAGCGAGGAGAAGAGGUGAAACGUCAUGUUCAAUUUGUUUGCACUACAAACCGCUUUUUGAGACGCUUGAUGUGGCAUCCUUCAGCCAUCCUUCAGCCAUCAUGGGGCGAGGCCUAUUGCCUUCAUAGCAUGGACUUCACCUCCUUCGGGCGGCAGGAGGCACAGGCUGAGGCUGCCUUCCUGGACUCCCUGGCUGUAGGCACCGGCGCGACGGUGACGGCCUCGGGCGGCUUCGAGUACCCCUCCGCACAGCCGAAGGACGGGAUCAAACGGAAGUUCACGUCCCGUUCGGGACCGGAGCAGAAGUCAGAGUUUUCAUUAGUCUUCGAGCGUGGAGAGAAGCUGAAGAUCUGUGGCCCACCCGUCGCCCGGUGGGGCAUGGAGACCCGACGAGACCGGGCGGAGACGGGCAGAGGAAAGAAAGUGGUCAUCUGCUUCUUGGCCGGCAGCUCCAUUGCUCAGAUCCUCUUCGCACAACUGCAGCCAGUGCUGGCAUUCCUGGGGGAACGCAUCCACAUUCUGGAGCUGCUGGGGCUUUUGGGCUGGGGUCUAUGGAUUGUUCACAUUGGCCUUCCAAUGCUCGGCUGGUCCUUCGUCGUCAUCAGCGUUUUGCCCGGCUGGCCCUUCGCGGUCUACGACCUCGUCCAGAUGGGCUGGAAGGAGGGGCGUCGACGUGUGAUGAUGGCAAUGAUUGGCCUUCAUCAUUUGCAGGAGUAUCAUGGCUCGGCAGCUUCUCCCGAAAUGGAGCUUUUCUCGAGCAUUUUGGCGAAGGUUCCGCAGAUGGGGGUCAUUUCCAUGGCCAGCGCUGAGGGUCGAGACGUCCUCAUGUCCGGUUGGAAGGAGAAUGGCUUCUUCCGCUUCGUCACGCUCUUCUAUGCCUUCCUUUCCGGCCUCUCCAUUGCUGUGGCCUCCUAUGCAUGCGUGGAUGCUGUAGAGCAGCCGUCUCACGAGGCCCUGGGCAUUGAGGAAGCUUUAGCCUCGCAGAUCGAUGGGUGGAUCAGCCGUCUUGUGUCAUAUCUCAUUCAUGCCAUUGACACCUUGACGGUGGUGACCGUGGUGGGCGCGGUGGGUGCUCACAGUGACCGCGAAGCAUUCUGGAUGUGGCUUUUCUCCUUGUGGCUGGUCACGGGUUUGCUCCCGGCACUGGUAGCACCACCCCCCAUGCCCACACUGCGGCCAGCCUUGCCGAAGCAUGGACUGAAGGCGUUCUGUCACAAGUUUGCCGUGAGCAUCCUCUUGGUGGCCUCGCCGCCCACGGAGUUUAUGCCUUUGUUGCGCGUGACAAAGCAGCGUGUGUGGGCCGCGGCCUGCUUGGUGCGGGCAGUGUGGGUCCUGGCGUCCGCCAUGGUGGUGCCGACCUUGCGACGACCGUUGUUCGCGGGCCUCGAAGUGAUCCACGUGGUGGUGCUGGGCGCUCUGGGCAUUGCCUUGGUGACAACCAUCAUCAACCAUCACUGGUUUGAUGGCACGAACACUAGCGGCUGCUCCUGCAUGGUUCCAUGCUUGGCCAGAAGCUUCUCCGUCUUUUUUGCCUGGCCUACCACAUCCUUUGUGACCUACCAUCCGACUUUGCCUUGGUCGACGCACGCUUGGGAGCCGCUUCGGGACUGCCGCCCGACCCUGACGCAGUGCCAGGUGUUCUUCAAAUGCAAGUCGAAGACGCUCUCCAAAGCCAGGCCUCGAGAUUGCAUUCGAUUCAAGAUGAUCAAAGCGAGCCUGAGGUUGACCAUCCACAGCAGCCGCCUUCCUUCUCCAAGCGGAAGCAGGACCAGGCAACAUGUACUCGCAGCCAGGAGGACAUUCUGUGCCAUCCAGCGGAGUACCUGGAGCACACACUGCACAACACCGGCGUGA